AUGAAAAAAUAUGCAAUAAUUGUAACCCUCAUGACUUCUAUAGCUAGCGCUCGAUGUGGGUUAGUCAACGAACUAAUAGAUGCAUGGGAUUAUAAAGUGAAUGCAGCCAGACAAAGCUUUGAUAUCGUAGUAGAUUUUGGUAGAAAAAUGUUUCAGGAGGAGGAUAAAACGAAAAAUACGAAACUGCGUACAACAGAUAAAAUAGCAUACACGGUAAACGAUGUAGCCACAUCUCUUUCAAAUGAUAUUGAAAGCGUAUUUGAAAGGGUAAAAAUAAAAACUGUAAGCAUGUACAAUAAUAUGAAAGGUUAUUUGGAGAAAAACGUUAAAGAAACCCCUCCUCUCCUAAGGUCUGACCGUAUUAAACAUGAAAUAUUGACUUCGAAUACUACAAUAUUUAAAGGUAAAGAAAUCCAUAACUUAACAAAAGAUUUUGAAGACAAAAUCCAAAAUCCAAUUAAAGAGAAAAAACAAAAGACAUCGCAAGGUACUUCAAAUCCAAAACGCGAAAAUUAUUUAUGGGAAGAUCAACCAGAUUUACAGGGAGAAAAGGAGGAAAUGUUUUUAUUGCAACAUACCCUAAAAUCAGAAAAUAAUGUUAUAGGACAUUCUACACUGCGAAAAACUGAUGUAACAUCUACACUCUUCCAUCAAAACUCUUCAAAUGCACAUAGUGAUAAAGUGGAAAAUACUACAUUAAAAAGUAGCUUAAAAUUAAAAAAUGAUGAAACAGAACAUUCUAGACUAGAAAAUACCUUAAUACCUUUGAGGCAAAUCAAUCCUAAUUUACAAGAUGUAAAAGUUGAAGAUUCUUUGUUGCUAGAUGCUUCUAGUUUAAUAAAUGAUCUUCGUAGAGAUGCCGCACCGAAAAAUAAUUCAAAUAUUAAAAAAUAUGAUAUUGCAACAAUGCAGUUGCGAAACAUUUCGGGACCGGAAAUGAUUGAAACAGAAAAUGUUUCCUUUCAAAAUAUGACAAAUGAUCCAACAGUUGUGAGAAGUGUGCAAAAACUAAUAGGAAAACUCUUUGAAGAUUUCACUGCAAACGAAAAAAAGGCAAACGAUAGCACCAUUCCAAUAUUUAAAGAGACCGACGCUCUCGCUGAUGAAAAUUAUGGUAAAAUAACUAAUACCUCUAAAAGUAAUAAAAAAAUCUUUAUUUCCGUAAUUGGAGUGGAGUUAAAACGAUAG